ACGUAUCAGUGGUGGCUUUGCUGGGUAAAUACGUUAACAAUCAUUUAUUUUUACACACUUUUAUUUAACUCUGUUGUCGUAUCCUCAAAUCUUGUUACUCAAUUUUAACCUACUUCUCAAUGUGGUAUCGACUGCAAACUUGGUAUACUUAUGUCAUACUGAUGACAAUACUAUAUUCUAUAUAAAAAAAAGAGAAAAAUAUUUGUAAACAUUAUUUUUUAUAUGUUAUGUUUCGGCUUGGGUCUAAUUGUCCACACUCAACUGACGUUGGCUGUAAAUCACCAUGGUCCUUUACAUUGUGGCAAGCUUCGGGGCCACUUCCUGGAGUCGUGGAGUUCUGCCAUUACUCGUACGCUACAUUUCAUUAAAGCGUGUUUUUAAAAAAGUGUUUUUAAAAUAUUACUUAUUUUAACCUUGCUUCGCGCGUGCCGAGUGUGGUCAUGGCUCAUGAUGACGAUGAUGAUGGAAGCGAUGAAGAUUGUCGUAUUGAUGACAGCGACAUUGGUGAUGGCCAAGAGCGGGCAACGUGUGGGGGCAAUAAAGGAGGAGGAGGAGGUUACCAAAUGGCCCGAAGGAGAAGCGUCAUGCCCGUCUCCAACCCAUCGACGGAAGACUCAAGUAAAAGUGACAACUCAAGUGGAGCAACCUCAUCGGAGUCCAGCACAGGUCUGCAGAAUUCUGACUCUUCGAACGCAAAAGUCAUGAACAAAAAGAAAACUUCCUCGAUGCCCAGCAUGCCUUCGCAAGGCAGGAGUGUUCCAUCGCGAUACAAGCAGUCUGCUGCAAAUGUAGCCGAGAGAGGCAACUUGGAUAAAACGUUGCUGGCCAACAAGUCGCUUGCCAAGCAUGGCUAUGCAGGCCGGGGCUUCAACCCCAGGCCUAGUUUGGCUGUCAAGGCCAAGCCUGGGCUGCCCAUGGGAUCCGCAGUAAAGCAGGGCUCCCCCACGCACAGCAAAAGAUCCGUACCUGGUUCGGCGGUGCAGAAUCAAGUCUGCAGGAGGCUCACAGUGGCCGAGAUCCUCCCGGAGUGCGCCCACUCGCAGCUGCAGUCCACGCUGACGAUGGGGCCCGAUUUGUCGCUUCUGCCGUCCUGGGAUGUGUCGGUGCUGUCCGCGUUGGACGAGCGGAAGGGGAGCCAGGUGACGGUGCCCAGCGCCCGUCGGAAGACAGACGCUGGUACCCUGUCAUACCAGCCGCAGAAGCGCAUGUGGACGGACGAUGACUUGAGCCUGCUCUACACGGACUACCUCAUGUCUCUGUACACAUACUUGCAGGUCGACGAGGGGGCGCGGCGCGUAGAGGAGGAGGAGCGCGAGAGCCAACGCGGCCGCUUCAAGAGGAACGAGCGGCUGGCGCGGAAGCUGCAGGGGAAGCGGGAGCUAAGCGAGAGGCUGGAGCACACCGUGCCCCUUAACAAGCAGCUCGCCCAACAAACGCAGGCGCUGUCUCCGCUGCUGGAGGUGCUGCCGGGCAGAUUCAAAGAGUCGUACGGGGCGUUUGGCGAGGCGCUGGAGGCCACGAGACACAGACUGCCUCUCCACAACAUCCACGUGCCCGACCAGGACACGCAGGCUCUAUCAGAGCGGCUGUGCGAUGUGUUGGCGGAGACCAGCGCGCUCGCGGCCAACGCUUCGGGGUUUGUGCGCGAUCGCCUGCCCGGCCUGACCGACACCGCCGGAGCCCUGGCCGACGUCAAACACGGCACGCAGGCCUGCGUGGAGGAGGAGGAGUGCGUGGAGAAGGUGGUGCUGUCCCUCAACGCGCUCAAGCUCAAGGAGCUCUGCCUGCGGGUGCAGGAGGUCAACGAGGCGGAAGUGCUGCUCCUCCUCGACGGGACGCCGUCGAUCUGACGCGUCUGAGGAGCCGGACCGCUCACCAGGCGGAGCCGUAGGGGCGCCAGCGAGAGACGGGGUGGGGGGGGGCGUCUACCGCAAUGUCGCUGGGGAAGAAAACGACAAAAAAAAUCCGCUUGAAUAAGCGCGGCGACCGCGAAAGAAAUCUAGUUCGUGUGGAGUCUAAACACAAUGACAUUUCAAGAUGCUUUCCAUAAAUGAGACGUAACAUUAGCGUAGAACGGGGGGCGGGAGGGGUGAGGGGAAACAAGUGAGAGCAAAAUUGCGGUACAGCUUGAGACGAAGCAACUGCAGCCCAGCACCAACAACGAGCCUCAGAGAUACUCGGGGUAGCGAGCACGCCACGUCGCUCGCGACGACCGCCAGACUUUUCGACAACAAAACAAUAUUCGGUAGACUGAUGUUUUUUUUGGGCAAUGGGCCCUGCUUGAGAGCAGAAAUGGAGGAGGACACUUUGGCACGACCCUGACUUCGUCGCACUUUUCACAGCGAGUGCGCGAACGCUACGGCUUUUCCCGAGUUCACGUAACCAGUGCUCUUAGCGUUAGAGAAGUGCUCAUGUUGUUUGUAUGCGUGUGUAACUUUUGCGCUUUUUCCUAAGAAUAUUCUUGGCAGUUUAGCUCGGAUAAUGCCACAUGUUGUUGUUGUCACCUUCAUUGCGCAAUGUUUUGUGCGGUCACUUCUCGUUGGCCUCAUGUGGAGCGACCGAGCAAGGAGAGAGAGCGCGAGAUAAGAGAGAGAUGAGAGAGCUGAGAGAAAGAUAAGAGAAAGAUGAGAGAUGAGAGACAGAUGAGAGAUGAGAAAACGAUGAGAGAGAUAAGAGAGAGGUAAGAGACAGAUGAGAGAGAUAAGAGACAGAUGAGAGACAAGAGAGAUGAGAAAACGAUGAGAGAGGUAAGAGACAGAUUAUAGAAAGAUGAGAGAGAUGAGAAAAAGAUGAGAGAUGAGAGAGAUAAAUGAGAGAGAUAUGAGAGAAAGAGAUGAGAGAGAUAAAUGAGAGAGAGAUGAGAGGCUCCAACCCCAACUCGCUCCAAGGGGAACAGCGGACAGCGACCAACUGUGCGUAGUCAGGGGACACGGAACACUGCGAGGAUCCAAUGCACCCUGCUCCCCCCCCCUCCGCCACAAGGUAAAUAUUGGAGCAGUAGAUGUGCCCAGGGCUGCCUGCACAACAACUGCUGUCCUCCACGACGGAGCAAAACAUCAACCCGGCUAUGACAACGACGCGUCCCGCUGCACGGGUCGCCUCUCAAGAGUCGGUGAUGUGAGAAACUGUCCACAGUGUCCACACAGAGAUAAAGACCCCCCGUAUAGCCUUUAACAGGCCGUUGGGGCAAGUGCUGUUAGCGAGUAGCACCUAUGAAGGCCGACUCGGUCCACGAGGGGCUGGGCGGCCAGAACAAUGCCCGGCCGCCUUUGUCUCCCGAGUGGCGAUAUUUUCACAUCGCUCCAGGAACUCAUUUUGAGGCUGAUGACCGAUGGUAGAGGCCGAUUGCGGAACGGGCAGCCAGGUGACGACCGCCACGGAGAUGGAGCGGGCAGAUCGGUUCACCGCACGCGGUGACGAACGCGAGGAUGCCCUCAUUCAGCAGUGGACGGGGCAUGGCUCAUGACGUUUAUAGAUUCCCAUGAGGCUCUGCGAGAACGGGUGGCUCAGAGGUCGGGGGUGGUGGGGUCCGAGUUUGCAAUUAACCCUGCAGGUUCGGUAAAUGCACGUGUGCACAAUCUAAAUUGCAAACAGCUUGGGAUUAAUUUCAGCCGGGGUCCGUAUGGCUCGGCUACUCGGGAAAAAUAGAUAUCUUCGCACCCGGCACAACACGUCCAGUAUGCCUGUCGCUACGCCCGUGGGCUACUGGUCACGUAACCUCUACUCCGCUUUACCUCCUGACAAUCGGAAGGUUUCGAAUUAAAACUUUGGUUGUGUGGUUGAUUCGGCCCCAACUUUCCUCCUGGGUCGAUUCAGCAAGUGCGACUUUGUGGGGGCUGUUAACAGCGGGUUGCCCUAUGGAUAGACUCGCUCCCGCCAUAGCAAUGUGUAAUGUCCACCACUGAUUCAGGCCUGUAAAACAGGAGAUAACGGCCUAAGGCUCCGUUGAGCGAUAAAUGAACUUUAACCUUGACCGGGAGACCACGUGUACCACCUUCAACGGCACCUUGACACGGAGAGUCCCUGACGUGGGCUCCGCUCGUUAAUGAUUAUCACAUGCCGAGGCUUUCCCCGUAUUGUUGCUGGUUAAUCAUUGGCUGAGGUCGCGGCCGGGCGUGGUUGCUGGCCACCCACCCCCCUCGUGUGUGCCACAGUACUGGCCUUCAUAGGUGCUCGCUAACCGCACUUGCCCCAAAAAGUAUGUGAAAGUUAGACGGGGGGCCUUUGUCUUUGCGCCAUCGCGCAUCACGAGUAUUUAUAGUUAUUCUGAUGGAGGCAAUAUCACAAUAAAAACUUUGUACUGGAGGAAUCCGAUGAACCUCAAAGCUCGUUUUCACAGAUGUCCAGGACGUCAUGUCCAGGAGCCAGAUGCCAAUGUCGAGAUGGUCUGGCGUACGACGAGAGGGCUUAGGGAGAGAAUUCGUCCGUGUAGUUUUGCUGUUUCCACCUCCGGUGAAGGAGCGUAGAUUACGGUGGUUCGUCACGUGGUCCAUAUUUUUUUUUGUAAUUGCCACAAUCGCAGUGCCGUGGCUUGUGGAUUUAAUUUUUCCAUUCAUAAAGUGGAUGUGCGCAUCGGCUUGGUGAUGUUCUGAUGCGGUUGAUGUCUAUCAACGCCAGUGUCUUUGAGCAAUGAGCGAGCCAGGAAGCUUAAGAUGUUUGGGCACUCAGCACCACUCUGUCCCCAGCAACACUCUGAGUGAGUUUUGUGUUAGAUUCUAGGAUGGUAACAGCAGCGGCGCGAUCCCAGAAGGCAUUGCAAUCGGAACUUGCGUCGCCAUGGUUAUUAAUUCUGACCGCGUGCUCCGCAUUAAAUGCAUGCAAAACCCUGGACCAGGUUUCAACAUUCAGUGCCUCAUCAGCAAAGUCAGACUUUGUUUUGAGGCCAAUGCUGUCGAAUUGCGUCGGCAAUUUACGGCCGCGUGUGGUGGUGAUGACGAUGAUAUGAGCCACUGCGAUGGCCUCUCACCACGUGUGGCCAGGUGGCCUCUGAAAACGAGCUAAUAGCUCAAUGGGCUUCACCUGGAUUAAAAUAUACCUUUAUCGCUGAGUUUAGCCUUGAGUGUUGUUGCCACGGUGAUGGUAGUAUUAACAAUAGCGGGGUACAGGAGGAGGUGGGGGUGGUUACAGAGGCAGAUAACUCUUCAAACACUGCGCUCUGUCGCAAUUCCCUUAGCCGAGUUGCACGAUUAGGUUACUGCUGCGACUGUACAGGAAGCAGCGCUGGGACGCGACCUCUCUCCCUACCGCACCUCCCAUCACUGCCAAUCCACUGCUGGAUGAGUUCAGCGGAAGGUCACUGGACACGGACCGAAUGGGGUAGUUGGCCGGGUCCGUAGCGCAGUGUGCUAACCACUGCCCCACCGCUCCGUAUGGUUUACCCCGUAUUCUUGUGCGGGGAAGUUGAGUUUUCUAGUCCAUACUGCGUACAGCCGUUUCAGUACGGGCAAAAUUUUUUAUUUAUGUCGAUAUUUUGUGUUUCUUCCUUGUGAUGAUGGGGCUUUGUAAGAUGAACGCCGAGAUUUAUCAGGGCACGGGGUGACCAAUAGGGUCUUAAUGGGUCUGUAAUAAGGUCGGGGGCACUGAUAAUGGGUUCACAGGUUUGAUGCCAAUGCCAGUCCACUGCAGCACGAGUCCAGAAGGUCACUGGACACUAAUGUCAGCCGUGGCCGGAGGAAUACGGACCGAAGGGGGUGGUUGACCGGGUCCUUAGCGCAGUGUGCUAACCACUGCCCCACUGCCCCAAUGUAAUACUAAUUAAUAAAUAAUGUACAAGCACAGCGCCUGGUUUUUUUCAUCAAUCCACUGCUGGAUGAAGGAUGAUUCAACUGCGCCCGUGUCUGUCACGGCGGGAGAGGGUUGUUUGACCAUACUUCACCACGCUGGUCAACGUGGGUUGGUUAAAUUGUGAUUGGCACUGCAGGCCCGGUUAUUAUCAUCAUCAGUGAAAAUCACUCCACUGCUGGAUGAAUAUGGGAACUAUUGUUUGCUUAUUAAAAGUCUGUUUGUUUGUGAUAUACCAGUGAUUGUUUGGUUCAGGUUUGAGUGAAGG